AGAACAACAUCUUUUUAUAAUACCCCUAUAAUCUUGUUACAAGAAGAGCCACAACUCAUUGACUUAUGUCAUUUAAUCGCCAUCCUCAGAAGCAAGGGCAAGUAGAAGAGCGCCGCGUUUGUAACACACCCAAAGAAGUAAGUAAAGUAUCUUCUUCUGUAUCUUGUGUUUCUGAUAGGACCACGAUGUCAAAGAUGAAGGGCUCUCCAUGCUUUUACUUGGGCUACUUGGCGGUGCUGCGCCAUUUCGUGCUGGUGCAGCUCCUGCUACGACCCGUCUCGGCGGUCACAUUCAUGACUCCAUCAACAGGAGGCUUAGACCACAGCCACACGCGCAGUGAAAUCGAUGACCAUUCUCAUUACGGUGGUGUUUUUUGCGGUGUAGAAUGCCAAUGCUGGGCUAUGAAGUACGUACAACGAGGAAGUGCUGGCGGAUCACGACAACCUCAAGCAACUACGACGAGAGCUGCAGGAGCUUCUACUACAACCUCUCGAGGGCAGAAGGUGGAGGGUGACGUUGACGAUUUAUUAGGAGGAACAACUUCUCACGGACCGCUGGCUGAUGUUCUACCACGACAAGUUUGUGCACAACCAGAAAACGAAGAGGUUGUAGUUCUUGACGAUCAUGUUCAAAAUGUUAGAUUAAUACAAAGAACAGAAGCGCCAGUAGUAUUAUUAAGCCUCCAGCAGGACGCUUGUGCGGCAAAUGGAAACGAAGACACCACUAUGCCUAUGGGAGCGGGAACUGAUGUCGAAGAAAAAACAACAGAAGAGCUACGAGAAGCAGGAGCUACAUCACCUCCCAGUGAAGAGAAGGCUACAUCACCCUCCAGUCCCAGUGAAAAGAGGAAAGGUGGCGAUCCAGUUCAGCAAAUGCUCUGGGAGAGUGUCUGUGUCUCAAGCUCCGAUCAUAGAAGUGGUGGCGCGCCACUGAACACACUUAGUAGACAAGUAGUUGAGCGUUUCGGUUUCGCUUUACCUGCUCUUGAACCUAACCUCCACGAGAGAACAAGUGGACGUAGACGCGAACCCAAUCCCAAACCUGAGCAGAAACCUGAGUCAUCUGUUAUGAAAAAACUCCAGCAACCGGAAGUUGUGGAAAAGGAGGCGACGGAGUUGCGGCUGUUCCUACUUGGUCGCCAAAAGAGUAAGAGUCCUCCUCCUCCUCCAGAGCAGACCACUUCGUCAAAUGUAAGGCCAAACAUACCUGAUCUAAUAAAUCGUACGUUGACAUCAUCUAUCUUGAAAUAUUGAUAUUGAAUGAAGUUCUGUACAUCUACAUACACAAAAUAAGCAACAGUAAUUACAUCCUCAAAGGUUGGUAGGUAAUAUUUUCAUUCAAUAAGUAGGAGGUGAUUCCGAUGCGUUUCCCAUAUAUUUUUUCGCAUUCUCGCCUCUAAUAAAACAAUCUGCACAAGCACAACAAGGAAGCGGAGACCAGCAGGAAUGCUCCUCUCAGAGUAACAGCAGCUUGGCACUUACGUAUAGUGCAUCCGAAUCCGAUGAGCAGCACGAAAGUGAAGGAGAUUUUGUAGGUUACAGUGAUGAAGAACAAGACCUGCUAGACCUAGCAGACGUACGCGAAAGCGCCUGUGCUAGACAAAGCAGAGCUGUGAGUUCACUGAAAGAGGAAGAGCUUACUUCUCCAUUUCGAUAUCGAUUCGCGUCUGAAGAAGAUCUUCGGGGAGAAAGAGAGGAACAAGCUGUAGGAAAGGGUGGUAGUACUAGCAGCACUAGUCGUGGAGGCGGAACUUCUAAAAAUACUGGAAAAGGUCGUGCAGGUGUUUGUGGUUCUAGUUUAUUUGAUGCUAAAGCAGAAGAUACCGAUAUGCUAGUAGGAGCGUAACCGAAAGUGGGAAAACUCAGGAAUAUUUGUAUUUGAUUUGUAUUUGAUGCCGUUCCAUUGUAUGACGACAAAGCAAGUCUAUCGUCUCUUUUCGAGUGAAUGAGAAAAGUAAGUACUCUGCUCGCCCAUAACGAGAACGAGAACCGAAAAGGUGAAAGAGUAACAAAGUGGAGAGACUUGAGGAAGUAGGAGCGUGCCCAAAUAUGGCACGACUCCAAUCAAUGACCUCCUAGAAUGAAACCACUGGGGUCAUAGACUGGCCAACCUUACCGUGUGCAGGGCCGGCCUUUGAGUCAAGUGACAGAAUAACCAAGCACAGCCUUCCCGGGAUAUUUAACGGCCUGCCUAGUGUUCUACGUAUACAGAGAUGACGAGACUCCCUCACUCAUCACGACGCAAGAUCGAUUUAAGGUCACCCCUGUGGGAGGAUCAAGAUACUGAUGGAUGCCGAGUACUUAAGCAAGUUCCGCUACAGCAUUGCUGAGGUGAGUGUUCUGAUCUCUUGGUCGGUGCAAGAACUUCUGGGCAGAGACGGGAG